CACACACGACCUCCACUUACUGAAGGGGUGGGGAUUGAUAAAAAACAUCGACAACAAUCAAAACUGACCGAGCGGCCGACGACCCCAAGACCAACGAACGGUUAAGCCUAACUAACUAACAUACUUACAGCAGCGAUGGCCAAAGAAAAGUCCGGUCUUGCCUACGGGCAGAACAAAGGCUACAAGGGGGUCACUCUCCGCGAUCCUAAGGCAAAGGUUUCUCGUCGUAAGGGGGCCCUCAGCAAGAAGACCGCAUUCGUGCGUGAGAUUGUGAAGGAGGUCGCUGGUCUUGCGCCGUAUGAGAAGCGUGUCAUCGAAUUGCUCCGUAAUAGCAAGGACAAGCGUGCCCGCAAGCUCGCAAAGAAGAGGCUCGGAACUUUCGGCCGCGCAAAGAAAAAGGUUGACGAGCUCCAGAGGGUUAUCGCCGAGUCGAGGAGAGCAGCUCAUUAAAGGGUAUUGUGUGGUUGGGGGUAUAAAAAAAAAGUGAAUAAUAUACUUUCUACCUUUUCGAUACUCCAUUUUCGUUUCUUUUUCCUUCUCUCUGUCGGAUUUCGGGGUUUUCUACUUAUUUCUUCCUUUCUACUUCCCCUUGGGUGGGGAAGGAGAUCCGUCCCCAGUGUAUUGCCGUAGAUGGAAAUAACAUGGACGGGAUUGAACCA